AUGAGGCUGCUGCAUAUUGUCGCUUGCGUGGCUACUGUUAGGGACUUUGUACGUCCUGAUUUCUUGAACCGCAGACUUGGACUGAGAUCGCCUGGGGCUGGCUUCAAGUAUCUGCCACAUUGCACGUCUACUCAACUGCAGCAGCAGCAACAGCAGCAGCACCGCCACCCGCCGUGGCUGGUAGUAUGGUAUACAAAAGCGAACGAGGAAAAAAUAAAAUCGAAUUACCCAACGCGGCGGGAUCGCUGCUGUCCAUGGCGAACAAAAAGCCCAAUGGGCCACGCCAACGGCGCGCUCGGCACAGGGUAG